AUGACUGCAGUGAGUGCUGAGGCGUCCUGGUGUGCCGACAGUGGGGGCAGUCGGCUAGUGGGUGGCCAGCUGGGGAACCUGCCCUUCAUGGUGCUGCUGGUGGUGCGGCGGGUCGGCGUCUGCAGCGGCUCGCUGGUCUCCAUGCAGUGGGUGGUCACGGUGGCCCACUGCAUCGAGCACUCGCGGCGCUCCGACAUCCAGCUGAAGGCCGGUUACCGCGAGCCCACGGACAACGACGAACAACAGCAGUGGGAGCAGGAGCGCGGAUGCAGCGAGCUCGUGGUCUUCCCGUCACACGUGCGGCUGCUGUUCGACAUGGGACUGGUCAGGUCGCUCCACCCCUUCCGCGAGUCUCCGCUGGUGAAUUCUCUGCCGCUGGGACGAAACUGGCGCUUCCCGCGCCGGGGGGAGCUGUGCAUGGCCGCCGGUUGGCAGCGGGCCAACGCCACCGCGCGCACCACGCUCUACCUCCCGCGCUACGUCCUGGUGCACGUGCUCAACAGCCGCCUCUGCCAGCGACACUACGGUGUGCGUCUCCACAGGAGCAUGCUGUGCGCCAAGGCAGAGGAGGGCAAGUCGCUGUGCUUCGGCGACGGCGGCGCGCCGCUGGUGUGUCGCGGUCUGCUGCUCGGCGUCUCCAAGGCGCUGGUCGACGCCGAACCAGCGAGGGACGAGCUGCUCAAGAGCCCGGAGCAGCUGCAGCAGGUCGCCUGCGGCGGAAACCGCACCUUCAUGGAAGCUAUUGGUGCGCAGCUCUCUACGCUGACUACUACUAGCUAUGUUGUCAGUUAA